CCCGACAUAGGCUCCAGAAGACGGGCCUGCCUCAUUUGCAGACAGUGACAUUUACCUUGUGUCCCGCCUACAAGGCGUGGAAUUGGAUCCUGUUUCCAAAAGUGUUUCAUUGGAAGGGGGAUACCAAAGCAUCAUCGAUGGCCCAGCUACAGGGGGAGCUGACAAAGUGGUUUCUGCAGCAGAGCUGUGAGAGUGAUUGACCCCCUCAACACGUCUCCAUUAGGGUGCUAAGACAGAACAGCCAUGCCACCCCCGUCUGACAUUGUGAAGGUGGCCAUCGAAUGGCCUGGUGCUAAUGCUCAACUUAUUGAGAUCGACCAGAAAAAGCCUUUGUCUUCAAUAAUACGGGAAGUAUGUGAUGGCUGGUCUCUGUCAGGCUCAGAGCAGUUUGCUCUACGUUACGCCGAUGGCCCUCAGCUCUAUAUCACUGAGCAGAGCCGGGGUGAAAUCAAGAACGGAACCAUCCUUCGAUUAGCCAUUUCUCCUGCUCGUGCUGCUCGUCAGCUGCUGGAGCGGAUCCAGUCCCAUGGCAUCGAUGCUCGCCUGGAGGCUCUGAAGGAGCUGGCCAAGCUGUCGGCAGACCCCACCUUUGCAACAGAGUUCAUCAACAUGGAGGGCAUUGGGACACUGGCCCGUCUUGUGGAGAGUGGCACCCACUUUGGUGAGAUGUUGGCCUUCACUCUCACGGCCUUCCUGGAGCUGAUGGAUCAUGGCAUCGUAUCCUGGGACCUUCUUUCCCUCUCCUUCAUCAAACAGAUUGCAGGCUACGUGAACCAGCCCAUGGUGGAUGUGUCCAUCCUGCAGCGCUCGCUGGCCAUCCUGGAGAGCAUGGUCCUCAACAGCCACAGCCUCUACCACCGAGUGGCACAGGAGAUCACCGUGGGACAACUCAUCGGGCACCUGCAAGUGUCUAACCAAGAGAUCCAGACCUACGCCAUCGCCCUCAUCAACGCCCUUUUCCUAAAGGCACCAGAGGACAGACGGCAGGAGGAUUAUACUAACCCGCUGGACCAGCAGCUCACUGAGAUGGCAAGCACUUUGGCUCAGAAACACCUGCGAUCCAUCAUCCUCAAUCAUGUUAUUAGAGGCAAUCGACCAAUCAAAGCAGAAAUGGCACAUCAGCUGUAUGUGCUCCAGGUGUUGACCUUUAACCUCUUGGAGGAACGUAUGAUGACCAAAAUGGAUCCUAAUGACCAGGCUCAGCGGGAUAUCAUCUUUGAGCUGCGCAGGAUUGCCUUUGAUGGAGAAAAUGACCCCACUGGCACAGAGAAGAGAAAGGCCAUGCACACCAAGGACUACAAAAUGCUAGGUUUUACUAAUCACGUGAACCCUGCCAUGGAUUUCACCCAGACGCCUCCAGGGAUGCUAGCGCUGGACAACAUGCUGUACCUGGCCAAGCUCCACCAGGACACAUACAUCAGGAUUGUCCUGGAGAACAGCAGCCGCGAGGACAAGCACGAAUGCCCCUUUGGCCGCUGUGCCAUCGAGCUCACCCGAAUGCUGUGUGAGAUACUCCAGGUUGGAGAGCUGCCUAAUGAGGGCUGCAAUGACUACCACCCCAUGUUCUUCACCCAUGACCGGGCUUGGGAGGAGUUCUUUUGUGUUUGCAUCCAGUUGCUCAAUAAAACAUGGAAAGAGAUGAGGGCCACGGCUGAGGACUUCAAUAAGGUGAUGCAGGUGGUCCGUGAGCAGAUCACCCGGGCUCUGGCCAUGAAGCCGUCAUCUCUGGACCAGCUGAAGAGUAAACUGCGGGGCCUCAACUAUUCAGAGAUUCUGCGUUUGCGGCAGUCGGAAAGAAUGAGCCAGGAUGACUUCCAGUCUCCGCCUAUCAUUGAGCUGCGGGAGAGGAUUCAGCCUGAGAUCUUGGAGCUCAUCAAGCAACAACGUCUCAACCGCCUGUGUGAGGGAAGCUGCUUCCGGAAACUGGGGAACCGCCGAAGGCAAGAGAAGUUCUGGUUCUGCAGACUCUCUCUGAAUCACAAAGUGCUGCACUACGGGGACUUGGAUGAGUCACCCCAGGGGGAAGUGCCUUUUGAGCUACUCAGUGACAAGAUCCCUGUAUCGGACAUCAAGUCGGUGGUGACGGGGAAGGACUGCCCCCAUAUGAAAGAGAAAAGCGCACUGAAGCAGAACAAAGAGGUGCUGGAGCUCGCAUUCUCCGUCCUCUAUGAUCCUGAUGAGACGCUCAAUUUUGUAGCUCCCAACAAGUACGAGUAUUGUAUCUGGACUGAUGGGCUGUGUGCGCUGCUGGGCAGAGAGAUGGGCAGUGACCUCACGCGCAGCGACCUGGACACUCUCAUCAGCAUGGAGAUGAAGCUCCGCCUCCUCGACCUCGAGAACAUCACCAUUCCAGAAGCCCCGCCCCCCGUGCCCAAGGAGCCUAGCUCAUACAACUUCACCUAUAACUACAGCUGAGGUGUGCGUGCGUUUGUGUGCAUGUGUGUGUUAGUGACGGAUGGGUAUACUCAGUCUUUUGAAAAGUCAACAUGAAUUUAGCUUUAAAUUUGAGCACCGCGCACGGCUAUUUACAUUUUCCAUGUUUUACAACCAUGGAGAAGAACCAUCCAAGUUUGUGAUACUCUUGACACCUAGAAAAAAAUACUGGGAAUUAGUCACAGAAUAUCGGCCUAGAUAUGAUGCAGAGGCAGGUCAAGUUGGAGGAUAAUUUCCAUUCCUUACUAUAAGAUUGUUGCUUUCGACUUGUUUAUCAUACUUGGAAAGAAGUGUUAUAUCACACUGUUUUUAUCUGUCAGUCACUCUAUUGAUUUAACAUAUUUGACUUGCACUUCCUCUUAACCUUGUGCACACUUUUAUAGCCUAUUACACACCGUCUUUAUUGUGUGAAGGAAAUAGAUUAUUCCGCUGGAUUAAUCAAAUGAUGCAAGUUUUUGACCCGUGAAAAUGCCCGUCAUUAGUGUUUGUGUUUGUGUAUGUGUGGGCGUGAAUGUGUAUGUGUGCAGAUGUAGAGAUUUAUUGUAGAUUAUGUGAAGAGAUAUAAGGAAUUGUUCCUGGGUCCAACAUAAUUAUAAUAUUUUUGAGCCUAAGGGGCCGAACAGUCGGUAUGUGGCACUGCAGGUGUGCCAUUCAUUUUCCAUGAGAGGUCGGUGGAGAAUGGAUGUCGCUGGCUCUGCCUUAAAUUCUGCUUUUGGAACUGAAAAUAAACCUGCCCCCUGAAUACCAGGGGAUCAGAGUGAUUCACUGAUACUGGCCACUUGCUUGUGUACCGUCUGUUCAGAGCCUAAUGCCCUCACAAUUGAAAUCUCAGUGCCAAGUGGUGAGGUCCAAGGUACUGACUCAGUUUGAGACAUUGUACCAGUGCAUUACAAAAACAUGAUUAUAGUUGAUAUAUGAACCUAAAAAAAAAAUUGCUGUUGCUUUGAAUCAUAAUCACUCCAUUGCCUUAUCAGUCGUAUCUCUCUGUAUACUUUAAAAGAUUUUAACGAUAGGUCACAGUGAUAUUUCUCUUAGUGCAGUAUUUUCAUUUUGCAGCGCACUUACCUUGACACGCCUCUGUCAUGAGUCAGCGUCUGAUGUCGGAAGCCCCUGGUUUUUGCAUUAACUGCCAGUUUUUAGGCUUGAUUUUUAGACUUUUUAGUAAUACCUGCAAAGACGCAGAACAGCAAAGCAAAAAUUACGGGAAACGAGACUGUGUCUGCUUUAGUUAAUGUGCCAGAAGCAUCUAACACCCCCUACCACCACCACUCAACACACACACACACACACACACACACACACACACACACACACACACACACACACACACACACACCUCCUCUCCCCCGCCUCCCAGCCCCUCCUUCUAGGCUAAUCAAAAACAGCUGAGUGACAUGACCAUGGGCAUCAGGGACAGCUAAUAUUUGAUCGACUGUUCCACAUGGGAGUUAUGUGUGCUAAAAAUAACUACAUUGUUGAAGUGUAAAAUUAGUUUAAGCGCUGUUUGAUUUCGGUGUUAUUUGUUGCCAACUUUUUGGGUAGGUUAUUCAUGUCACUUUGUGCCCCAUUAUCUUCUAAUCCAGUACUAAUCAAUAUUGUCAUUUGUUAUUCAGAAUAGAAUUAUAUUUUUGUAAAUGACUGUAUAAUCUUAUCAGCUGUGAAGGGAAUGGAUAUUGAAUUAACAUAGCAGUUUCAUUUUGUGCCAGUCUGUACAGUACAUUGCACUCACGCAUUAGGAUAUUUUACAGUGCACAAAACAAGCUUUUGCAAUCUUCACAUUUUUUAUUCAAUCUCAGCCACAUUUUUUUAAGCCACAUGUGUUGAGUUAGGUUUAGGAGUGACACUCAGCCCAGCACCUAAUGAUGUCAGUGUUUAUGUAUCUUAUGCUACUAAAGAGAACAAGAAAAAAAAAAAUGGUUAUGCUGUCAUACGUAUGGUUUGUAAAAAAAAAAGGAUUAUAUUUGAAGCUUGUUUUUUUUUUUUUUUUUUUUCCAAAAAUGUUUGUUCUGUUCUAUUUUUAACUGAAGCUGGAGAUUUUAAUUAGUCAGUUUAAAAACUUAUUUUAUAUUCCAGUAGGUCAUGCAGUUUUUUCGGGCACUGCUGCCAAAAUCUCGAAGCUGCUCUCAGAAUACCACGACUGCAGCUGGAAUAUAUCAGUCAACACGGAGUGACACACACUGAGUAAAGGAUUGUUGCAUUGGAUGUACUAACAGUAUGACUUGAAGUUCUAGCAUAUGGUACUCUUUUACAUGACUUGCUAAACUAUUUAUUUAUACUUGCUAGUGCUAGUAUUGAAUGACAUGUUGUUAGUUAAGAAAUAACAACAUUAAAUCUAAAUAUGGUAUUCAUAUAUAGACCAUUGUAUGUAUAUAUUGUGUUGCCUUAUUAAAGAAAAUGUAUUAUGUUUUGUGUGAAUAAAUAGUCUAACUACUCUUGAA